UUAGGGAAAUCAACUUGGGACAUCUUGCUGAGGUAAAAUCCGUCUAUUCGUGCUACCUCAUGAGGUACUAGCGGGGUUCAUUGAGCAGAAAACGAGAUAGGAAAUAGGAGAGCCGUAAACCAUUUCUUGUGAGAUUGUCGCGAUCAAGAAAAGGAGAUAAAACCUUCAUGACUGAGACUUCAACCCUUAAAGCGAAUGUCGCAGUAAUUAUUGAUCAUGAGAAUCCGACACCAAUUAGGCAAUAGACCUUCUCACGGUUUAUGACGCUGAUGACGCCAUCUUGGUUGGGGGGGGGGGGAGAACGGCUAAAAUUACAGUUAACGUAUGAGAUUUUGGCCCAUUGAGAACCGCUAUAACGCCGCUACAAAGAGGCUGAUUUUUAACAUUUGCCACUACUUAGUUUUAAAUAGUUUUAUAGAUAUCAUUCAUUCAAUAGAAAAUAAGUCUAUUAAAGAAGGUAUUACGUUCCGCGUAAAUUCGAAUUAUAAAUCUUCUCUUGUGGCUUCUAUUUUCAUAUGGUAACUUGCAUAAUGCAUUUUAUCAUAGCAAGAGGGAAUGAGCUGUAGCUCAUUAUUUCUUGAUUAUGGCCAUCAUUGGGAUAAAGCGUUUCAUUUUCCAGGAAAAUUUCACUUUCUCGUCAAAAUAAUCACUGACUCAGUCAGACUCGGAGUACUUUACUUAAAUUUAUAGUGCUCAGUACAGCGAACCGGGUUUUUUUCUGCGAAAUUUGUCUACAGUCUGCGGCCCACAUCCGCACCACAAUCCAAGAUUUAUUUAUUUUAUUUUUAUUAAAAAAAACCGAUCCUUGAUCCCCGAUCCCCGAUCCACGAUCUCCAGUAAACUUCAAAGUUUUUUCUCAUUAAGAUUGUUCUUUUUUUCGACCACUUAAGUAAUAACUCGUUCCGAAGUAAUCACCACUUUCAAGCGAUAGAAUUCGUGGACCGACCCCGGGGGCGGACAAUGUUUGCCCUCGCCGAUUACAGAAUCCUGGGGGCAUAACAAAGGUCUCCGAUUACUAGAAAAUCAUUCAUUUUGGGUGGGUUUCUUUACUAAAAUCAAAGAUCAGAUCAAAAGUCCGGAUCGUUAGGAUUUCGUUGAGAAAAGAAACGAUGUAUCCAAAAAAGGAUUAUUUUUUUAUUCGUUUUCGUAGGAACGACCCACAAUAUCGACGGACCGCCGGGAGAAAGAAUAACAAGCCCACUAACAAUGUUGCAAUUUUGCUGGGCUUUUAUUGUAUUCUGAAUAUUAGCUCAAGGAUACUGCUUCCUUCAGACGGGCCAAAUGAAGACGAGUCUUGCAAUAAGAUAUGUAUUAGAAAAGUGAAGCCUUACAAGACGCGAGAGCGAAGUUGUGUAGCAGUUUUGUCCUGGUGAACUAGAACAUUGCAGGUCCUGUUUGUAUUGCGGUUUUCCAACUACGAUAACAAAGGCGGAUAAAAUCGGUCGCUUAAUCCACUUCUCGGGUUCAAAAAUGGCUGUAGACAGGGGCACCCAACGAGAAAAUAGUUCAAAACCACUUAAACAUGGCAUUGUUGAACGUAUUUUAGUAUUUAAACUGUAGAUAUAGGCAUAUUUUUAUCCCCUAAGAAUUUUUCAUCUGUUCGGAUUUGCUAGCUGAAAGUCUAAUGAUCCGAAAAUUGUAGUUAUCAAAACUUACCUUUUCGAAACUUUCAGCCAGAAAAAAGGCUCCCGAAAAUUCUAGGUGAACUUUCUAGGGUAAAAAUCCGUUAAAAAUGGGCAAUUAUACCAUUUUUGGGGUGGUUCGAAAAUCCUAGGAGAGGUACGCAAGCAAGAUAUUUAACAACAAAUGUUUCGAAAAUUCUAGAUCUUAAAUCGUCUUCUGAACAGAUAUUUUCCAAAAAUUGUCGUUGGGUGCCCUUGUGUAGAGAUGAGCAGUGUAGUCAAACAGUUGACGUAUAGAUUUUAUUAAAGAAGCGCACCCUUUUGAAAGAGCACUUAUUUACAGCUGGCUCGCGUUAAAGCAGUAGUUAUAAGUGUAAGCAAAUCAAAGUUAACUUAUUCGUCCAUGGUGCUGGACGACGGCACAAUGAAAGAAGCAAACGGUCGAUCGCAGUGGUUUCCGUUCUCUUUGUAGCGUAGCGUCCGGCCUGGAGGAACCACUGCACGCAGAUAGUUCUUACGCGGACUGUCUCUUAAAAGUUUAAUACCUUCUUAAUAUUCUUUUGUCAAUCAAGACACCAUGCAUAAUGGUAUUUGGGUGUUCCCGGAAAAAGGGGAAAAACCCUUAUUAUAUAUUUAUGCUAUGAAGCUUCUUGUUUUCACCCGCAAAUGUUUAAUAUUCACUAGUUUGAAGCAGUUCAAAGUCAAGCUUCAUCAUCACGUAAACUGGAAGAAGAAAGAGUUAGUGGAAAGUCAGUUUGGGACAACAGCUAGCUGAGGUAAGAUCUUCUGCUUCUCCCCGAUGUGCGGUCAUUUGUUGAAAAAACGAAAAGCGAAUGCGUUUAAAGAAAUGAGAUAAGAAAGAUUCCCUCGCUGAUAAAUUUUUAGAGAAAGAAAAGAAAUCUGCCUAUCAAAUUAUAGUAACAUUUAGAAAUAUAUCCUGUAAUAAACAAUUUAGGUAACGAAGGUAUCAUCUAAAUACAAUUUAAAACAAUAGGCCUUUUCACGGUUUUCGACGCCAUCUUUACGGGUAGGCAAGUAGGCGUAAAAUUACAGAGUUUGUAUGAGAAUCCGAUGUCGAAUAAUUUUCGUAAAACGUCCGUUUUGAAAAAACUAUGAGAUGUAAACUAAAGUUAUUAGACAAAAGAUUCUUCUCACAAAAUUCGAGGGCCUCACCUGCCCUAGAAUCACUUCUUUUAAUGACCUUUAAUUUCCAAUAUAUUUGUCUGUAAAAAUGUUUUCUCGCCGGCUAAAUUUCCCGGGAAAAAUUAUAGACAAAUGUAUAGAAAAUCUAAAAAGCUAUCGAGAACGUUUUAGUGCGGAUACAGCCCUCAAAAUUUGUCAGUAGAAUCCUCUACCUUGUAGCUUUAGUUUACAAUUUAUAUUUUUUUCCAAACCGACGUUUUACGAAGAUUAUUCGACAUCGGAUUCUCUUACAAACACUGUAAUUUUACGCCUGCUUGCCUACCCAUCAAGAUGGCGUCGAAAACCGUGAUAAGGCCUAUUAUAACGAUCUAGGAAAAAUAUUUAAGAGUUAUUGGCCUGACGCCAUGAAGCCAUCAAAUAUAUAACUAUUGUUGAACAUGUUAGUCUUGUAAGACGAGAGACUACACAUGUGCGAGCGCCUUACGUUGAAUCUCGUGGGAAAUACUGGCAACACUGAAGCUUUCUAGAUUCAUGCUUGCUACUCGCUAACUAUUUUCGCGGAAGCGUUCUUGCAGAUGUUGUCAUAAUGUUCUGCUGUUGUGGACAGGCCUAGCCUAUCCUACGUAGCCAGCGCUAGCGUUUUUGCACGUGUUAGUGCGCGAAAGUGGGACUGAGAGCAACUUCCACAGAAAAGUGCAUGUUAAAGGUUUUUCUUAAGAUUCUCAUCUUUGAAGUUUCGUUACUGUUUCAUUAAGUGGACCAAGUUUAGUCAGGAUUUUGUCCACAUGGGUUUUUUCCUGUUUUUAUCGUAUGUCUUUAGUCGUACUUGAAUUAUGGUGAGCUCGCAAAUUUAGUUAUGUCUGAAUAUUCGUUGCUUUCCAUUGUCAGAUGUGAGUUUCUGACAGGUGGUCGUCUUUGGGAGGUCAGAAAUGAUUAAUCAGCGUUUUAUAGGUUUUCGUUACCCUUCGACCAAAGGUUUCUCUCUCGCAUGACUUAUACCGUUUAUAAAGUCGUUCGCGUCACUUGUCUGCUGCGUAAUUGCCACUCUAUCUACGCGACAGACAUUGGUUUGUAGCCUGGGUUUUUGUAGCUUCUUGCCGAUCAGAGCUGCAUGUCUACAUCAGUUAUACCAAACUCAUAAAACACACCGCGUUUGCCUUGUUUCUAGUCCCACAGUCAGCUAACUGAAACAUGUUCAGCUUUGGACAACGGCUACUCAUUUGGCUUGUUAGACAGUGAGCGAGUUAGGAGUUGGAGUUUAGCAGGUGACUGUUAGCAGUACCUACUGGUACCUACAGGUAGCCAGCGUGUUGCUCGAAAGCCCCCUGAAAAGCCUGUGGCGUAAACCACUGACUCGCAAAAUGGCUUUGUUCUCUGAAAAAAGGGAAAAACCUAUUAUUUAAUAUGCAACAAACUUUCUCCUUUUAGUGGGAUUUAUACGUGUUCUUUCCCCUCUGCCAUUUCUUCCUCCAAGAAAUGUUACCCUGCGUCUUAGUUGCUUGGGCUUCUUUAACGGCGUUAUCAGCGGUUUACUCUUAGUUUUGCCAGUGUUCAACUGAACAUCUUGUUGUGCCACUGAGAUCAGAUCUGUACUUUAACAUAUUUGUUUUGUUUUAAAAAAUGUUUCAUAACAGUGUAGAUGUUUUGAGGUAUUAGGAGCCUACGGAUAGAUGAAAUCCUCGACCUAUUUCAGUAAAGUAUCGUAUCUCGACGAGACAGGUGUUGAAAUAAAUAUGUAAGAGAACACGUGUGAACACAUUGAAACGUCUACUUGUGCCUUCGUCGAAUCAAUCCUCACAAGAGGAAAAAAAAUGCUCUCGGAGAGUGUCGCUAAAUCUAACUGCAACGCAAAGUAAUUGGAAAUGACAACUUUAGGGAAAGUGCAAACUGGUAAGAAUUUUUAAAAUUGUUUGCAAACUAUUUUAUCAACUUAUUCUUGAAUCCGGUGGUCAGUUUAUUUUGAUAUGGUGUUUUCUCCCUCUGAAAAACUUCGCACUGUAUUUCAUUUUAGAGUACGUUCGGAUCGGUCGACGGUGUUUGGUUCGUUUUAGGGUGAUUUUUUUUGUCUCUAGUAGAUAUUUUGUAAACCUUUUUAUUUUAAUUUAUUUGCAAAUUAGGAGUUAUUCAACCCCGUAUUGCCCAUGAGGCUGAAUUCAAAGCCCUCGUAUAAGUUUGUUGAGUUUUACCGGGUAUAGAGUGUUUUCACAUAACGUCACGGCGGCCAUAUUAGUGUCCCAAAACAAUUAAACGACGACCAUGUUAGGGCCCCAAACCAGUCCUGUGGUAGUUGAACUCUUUUCUUACGCAAACGUAUUCUUUUUUUCCAAUAAAUUUGCAUAGAUGCUGGCCACGUGAGUGAAAACGCUCUAUAAAGGUGCUUACACUUGAUUAAAUUCGUGAAGUCAAUAGACCUGAUUCACGAUCCAUACAAGGCAAUUUUGCACGUGCUUAAGAAUUGAUGGGAUGAAAGUAAAGUAAUGUCACGUGGUAUUUCAGAGAGCAAAUUAUCACGAGUAAUUGCGGUCGAGUUUGUUCAUUUUCUCAAAACAAGGCGACGAUCUUAGUCUUGCAAAAUGUAUAGUUCGAGUUUCCUCAAGUUUUACGUCAGUACCGUAUUUAUUCGAAUAAGCGCCCAACCUCGAAUUAGCGCCCACCUCGAAUAAGCGCCCAUCCUAAAGGCAGAAAAAGUUAAUAAGCGCCCAGCCUCGAAUAAGCGCCCACCCCACCACACCUUCCUCCCACUCCCACUCAAACUCAAAUUAGCGACCACCCCUAAAACUGAAUAAUUACUAAUAAGAGACUUUCCCGAAGACGGAGUUUUCUUCAAAGUAUUUUACAGGAACCUUACUUUGUUACGUCUUCGCGUUUUGUUAUUACCAUUUAUUGUUUUGUUGCAAAAUACACAUACACUUGCUGAAAAUGUUGAAAAUUUAAUAAGCGCCCAGCCUCGAAUAAGCGCCCACCUCGAAUAAGCGCCCACUCUCAAGGUCCAAAAAUUUAAUAAGCGUCCAGGGCGGUUAAUCGAAUAAAUACGGUAUUUGCUACCUGAGAGCACAUCUACGGUCGCUACUGCAUUCAGAAAAGAAACAAUGAUCACUUCCACACACAACUUCCCCCGCCAUUAUCUUCUUUGAGUUGAAAAGGUCCUCACUUUCUGUUGUCUAGAGCUGUUUAGAAUUAACUAACUUGACCGUGAUUUCUUACAUUGACAGCUUUUUUCACUUGUUUGCCCCCUGAGAAACCACGUGACAUUACCUUUAUCCCAUCAGUCCUUCAGCGCGUGCAAAGAAGGCGGGUAUCGUGAAUACGGUCGCUAUUGGACACCAUGCCUCCUGAAUAUUAAUUAAUUAACAAUUAAUGAAUGAGGCUGAGUAUCUUAUGAAGAAUUAUGGAGAUCGAGGAGCGUGUUAUCCGUCCUGGCCGUAGGCCGAGGCGGAUAACACCCUCCGAGAUCUCCAUAAUUCUUCAUAUGAUACGAAAGACGAAUUCAAAAAUUGUUUUAUUAUUCAUUCAAAAUAAUUCCUGGUCUAAAAACAAAGCUAAAACAUGCUUACCUCCAUCGAUGUUAAGUUCACCUUCGAUAGUGCACGUUUAGGGUUUUAAGCUCCGCAAAUGUCCUUUAAGUUCAGCAUACUGCGUAUUAACCUUGUGGAUCUUGUGACAAUUGUGGCUGUUAUCUUAUUUGUAGUUCUUGAGACUCAGUAGAAAUAUUUUUAGCAUUUUUCUGCAUAUUUUAGUGGGGGUAAUUCCGUAAUCUUUUAACUUUUAAAUUGUACUGCCUUUUAUAAAUGUUAGAUUUUAUAGAAUUAUAAAUUUACCUAAUGAUACCAUGUAUAAACUCAUUUUAUUACAGUGAAACCUCUAUUAAGCAGACACCUUCGAGACCUUCCCAAGCGUCCGCUUAAUAGAGGUUGUAAAAAUUGCGCAAUGUUUGUUAACGACGAACAUUCAACGGUUACUCUGUACUGUGAUAAAGUUGCAUGUUGUUAAAGAAGCUAUCCAGAGUUCAAGAUCAUUACCUUUCAUUACCAACUUUAAUUUUUUUGUAAAUGCAAAAACAUUAACUGACUUCCGUCCGUAUUUCAAGGACGUAAUCCAAUACUAUAGUUGUCAAUUCAGUUCAGUGUCCGCUUAAUUGGGGGUCCGCUUAAUUGGGGGUCCGCUUAGAGGUUUCACUGUAUUUUUCUUUUUCUUUUUUUCCCCCUAUUAUUUUAGUGUCCCAAUUAGCUUUUAUAAGUUAAAGACAUCCACACUUAAAUAAAGUUGUUAUAUUAUGAUAUAUGUUAUGUUACCUCCUCGUAGAAGUUCUUAAAAACUUUGGCCCUUUUCUCAGCAUGGUUUCAGAAAGUAUACACGUUUUAUCUUGCAGAUACUCCUAAAAAAAGUAGAUAAAAUCCAUGGAGCAAUAUGUUUUGCGCAUUCUAUAUUUCUUCCAUUCAUUCCAGAAGUUCAGCUAUUUUGUCUUCAAAUAGCCGUGAACACCAGUUUUUUAGCUCACUUUUGCCCAAACAGCCUCGUUUCCAAUCAAAUAUGCCAUCGAAGCAAUGGUAUAUUGCUCGCAUCUUCCCGGCAAAUAUGGUAUGCGCUUGUUGCUAAUGAAGAAUUAGCUGGGAGAUUGGAGCCAAUCAGAAACGGCGAAAUAUUUUGAAUGAAUAAUAAUACCAAUUGUCGAGCGCUACAAAACAAGUUUGUUGUUUCUCUAUCAAACGUGUCCUUGUCUCUGUUCAGCUAUAGUUCACAAAGGCGCAUUCAAGACGCGAAUUAGUAACACACUCGCCUGUGGCUUGUGUGCCACUUUUUUUGUUCUUGCCACAUUUUUUUAUGUCAUCUGUGACCCAGAGAAGAACACUGUGGAUAAAUGAAUACUAGUACUUGGAGAUAAGCAGGUGGUAUUGGAUUCGGUUGGCUAUCAGCUAAGAUUUUCUUAGCACGACACGAUAGAGGCUUGCCUGCAUCGCAGACGCUCUAAACCUUCUGUAUAGAGCGUCUGCGAAUUAGUGCACAAUAUCGUGUUCGCUUCCCGCAGAGUCGCAAGGACAUAUGUCGGCGUUUUUGAUUGGCUAGUUUCUUGCGCAGUUUGUGAUUAGUCCGAUUUUAAUUAAGAGGCAAUGUCCCUAAAAGCGUUCCACUCGAUUUCAGACUCGAAAACACUUUUGCCUUAUAUUUAUAUCAUCAAUACCACUAUCCAUCCUUAUAACGAAAAUGCAGUUAGAAUGAGGAAAUAGUUUAUUUUACUGCCAUUAUCAGCAUUUCAUCUCUGAACGACCGUUACCGGCUAAAAUAUGCAAAUUUUAGACGCUGUUAUUGAGGUUUUUAACGAUCGUUAAAAGCUACUGCGGGCCGUUAAAACCUAGACCAUUUGCACUCAUUUGGAAGUAUAUUGCUUCUUCUUACUGUUCCAAUACGAUUUAGCCGUAUCUCUCUGUAAUCAGCAAAAACAGGUUAUCUUUAUUCUAGUAAUUCAAUUAAGUAAGCAAACUGCACCAAAAUAUGCCUCAGAAAUUUCACAAAAUUCUUAAAAGUGGCACCUAACCUAGACCUAAAAACAUGUUUUAGUGAAAGAUAAAGAGGUAUUCUAUCAAUUUAUGCAAUAAAACUUGUGGCACAACGCGAUUCAGACUUGAAGGUUUCGACUCAAAUUUACAUAUUGAUGCAGAAUUCGCGUUGCGUGACACCGGCUGCUUCGACGGGAAAUUUCUCAAAAUACUUGCCGCUAGGAAGUAAAAUAUGUUUUUUUAACCGAAAAAAAAUAUUUUUCUUCCUCUUCUUCCUUUUUCAACAAAUAUAUCUUCAGAAAUAUAAUUAUUCCUAAAAGUUCAGCAGCCAAACCUUAAUUUUUAUUUACUAAAUAAAUCGUUUUAUCGCUUUCAUUGGAAGCAUAGUCACAGGCGAGAAAGGUCAUCGCAUUUGCUUGUUGUAAUAUUUUGUUAUAAUUAUUGAUAUUAUUAAGCUUAAAAAUAAUAAAAAAUGCCAUUAGGCAACUUUUUUUGUACUUUAUUUACAGGAAAACUGAACGGAAGUGUAGACCAUUAAGUUUACUUACCUUUGCCACUAACCUUUGUUAGUCUCGCCCUUCCGUACGUGCUUUAUUCGACAUACAACAGUUGCGUUUUUAGGGAACAUUUUUUUUACAGGUAAAAUUAAGUAUUUACAUUUUACAGCCGGCAAGUCCUUCACGAAUUGACCUUUACGCUGUAUGGGACGAGAGUACACGGUAGUCCUUAAAGAUAAGUUGUGAAAAUGAGGAUUGGACCCCAAAAGCCGAGAAAUCGAAAACCACAAUAGGGUGUCUAUUCACGUCUAGUCCACAUUUUAAUUACAUGUUUAUGAAUUCCCAUCACGACUAAACUGAUUGCUAUUUUCGCUUGAAAACGGUGAAAUGUGUACAGUCAAUGUCUAGAUACCUUAACUUAAGCAAUUUUAGUAAUAGUAGGUCAUAUAGUACAUUAUUAAGGCGUGAUGAAUCAACCAACCACUAAUCGCAAAUAUAAUAGGCCGUGCUACACGUUGUCAGUAGCUUAAGUUCGAUAUAUGAACACUCUAGCAUGAGUCAUAAUGGUCAUAUUUCAGUCUGUAUUUGGUUUGUUAUUCUAUGUGCUUUCUCUUCUGGGAAUUCCGAGACAGACUGGACAGUUGAAGAGGGAGCCUUGAAUUCUAGUUGGAAUUUUGAUUUCUCGAACUUUGGUUAUUCCGUGAUGGACAGUGAGUUAAGUGAGCUCGACAGUGUUCGAUUGGCGGGUUUAUAAGAAAAUAUUUUAAGAUUUUAUCGAAUUAAGCGUCUCCGUUUCGUGUCAUCGCGUAAAAGUCACAUAACAAAUACGAAAAAACUCAACAUGCCAAAGAAUUUUCGGAAAAAAAAUUAACUAAGACUUGCACAAUAGAAGCUCAAUUGAUUCAGUUACAAGAAGAAAUAUUGUUGUCCCUUUUGUUUGAUAAAAGGGACAGUAGACUCUAUUCAGCAGUUGCAUUCUUGGAUAACCUCCGUUAACAACCUAAUAAGGUCUGCCUUUCUAUCUUUUGCUCGGAAAGGUACUUCAAAGUGCCGAAGAAUAGUCUUGAUAUAUACGUCAUAUACUAUCGGAUGCUCUAGUCCAAUUCUGCUUUGAAUGUCGUCAAGCAAAUUGUUGCGAUCAGAGUCUCCAAUGAAGGCGUCGAUGUCGUCAUUCUCAUCUGCUGUAAUAUCAAAUGUCUGUUCCUUUAAUGUAGCAUCCUGAUCGCGAGUUCUCUGCCGUGAAGCGAGGCGUGAAACAAAACCCCAUUAUUUGGGUCUUGGUGAGCCACUCCUCUCUUUGAAACAAUCUUUUAUUCCGUUCAUUUCUGGCGUUGCGCAUUUGACGUUCGAUCUCUUCUAGAUUGGCUUUUUUGCCCGUUCUUUCUCCCAUUUCAAACCUUGUUGUUAAGGUACUGUCUCACGUUCUCAGAAAAACGAACUCCGCCAGUUCUACCUUUGUUAAGAGCCCAUACGAUACUUAGACGAGAAUUUGUGCUGUUAACAGUCAGACCAGUGGAGGAUUUGCUUGUUAACUUCUGGUUCUCAAUAGAAGAAAAUUUUUCAGCCCAGUUUUUCCGUACUUUAUCAUAAAGACUUUCCGACUUCCUGUUAUCAUGUAUUCCUACGUCUGUAUGCAACUCAAGUUCGGAGAAAGAGUCAAAAGUGCAGUUACAGCCUUCUUCAGGGCACACAAACAUCGAUGGCUGAUCAUCAAUGUCAACGUGGUCUUUCCUUGCUUGACACUUUCUUGGGCGAUGAAGGUCUCUUAUUUCUAUGUUGGUGAAGAAUCCUUUUCCCUCCAUUAAUGAUAUAUUUGUGCAGCCCCGCUGGUGCUGUAUGUACAAAGAUUGCCAAGGGAUAAGCUUGCCGACCCCAACAGCGUAAGCUUUCCACACUCUUAUCCCACUCUCUUCGUAUCUAAAGUUGUGUAACUCACUAAAUUGUUUUAUCUUCUGAACCUUAAGAAUUUUGGGUGACUCAUCCAAAAUGGCUACAGCCGCUGUCGUUCCUUUGACAGGCCGUUCCUUAAGGGCCUCGUGCAUUGCUCCUACGUUCAUUAUGUCAUGGCCUUCCGCGCAAUUCUUUCUUAUGGCUGCUUUCAUGGGACAAAGCACCCUGUCACAAACAUCCUUUCCUUGCUGGGGUUCUGAAAAAUCAUAACGUGCAACUGUAAUUCCCACUCGAUCUCCAAUCUCUUUGACUGCUGCUAUUAGGUGAUUGCAAUGGUAGCAGCCAGCCUCGUCAGAACGUAGAAAUGCGUGCUUAACAUUUGGAAAAUUUAUUUUGAUGUUUUGAAAAAGAUUUUCUAAAAUAGAUACAACCGCAUACCAAUCUUGACAACACGAAUCUAAUAAAUGGGCAUAAGACAGGAGGCCUACUCUGGGAUCUUAAGUCGCCGUAAUUUUAGGCGACUUUAGGAAAAUUUGGUCAAAAUGUUGCGCGACUUAAGGCGAUUUAAGGCGACUUUAGGCGAUUUAAGACAAUUUUAGGCGACUUAAGGAGAAAAAGGAGACAUUUAGGUGAGUAACAUGUUAGUGAAUAUGUUGCAGUUAAUUUUUAAUUUCAGUUAAUUUUUGGUUUUCCUUUGUUUUAAAUUCAUUAGCAUACAUAACCAUACCCAGAAACGAUGGAGAAAUAAAAAUUAACUGAAAUAAAAAAGGAAAUACAACAUAGACAAAAUCAAAAUCUGAUAACACUUGUCUUCCUCUCUAGGGACACAAUGUUGUAGCAUAAGUUAAUUCCGUCUUGAAGACAUCUACAUUAGUCUUCCACAUUUUCAACAAUCUCAGCCACCUAAAAUUUUGAACAUUAAAUAUCAAGGUAGCUUGUGUUGCAGGUGUAUUCUAACCCUGGUUAGUAACAUUUGCGAAGCAGCUCUAAUAUCCUUGUUCUGGGCCCUGAAGGACUAAAUGAAUUACCAGCAAUUUGAGUUUUCCUUCAACAUGAUUGGCAAGUGGACAAUGGCAUUUUUAACAGUCCAGUCCUGGCAUGUUCUCUAAUCCUGAUACACACACAGGGGGCCCAGAACUAGGAUUUUGCCGCUGUUUUGCAGAUGGACUUGACCCAGAGUUUAGUUCCAUCCGUGGCACAGGCUAAUAUCAAGGGUAUUGGUUUAGUAUUACAUUAACAGAGACAAAAUCUGAGUUAGAAGCAACCAAAAGGGUAAAUUUUCUCUUGGUCUUUAAAUGCAUUAUUUUAUAAUAUAAGGGACAAAAAAUCUAAGGUUCCUGCAUUUCUUUUUCCAAAAAAUAAAACCCUAAAAGUAGAGUAUUUCAAUACAUCUCUGUAAAAUACUGUAAGCUGGUUUGUAGCGAAAACUUUAUAUGACAGUGUCUUUUUUUUUCAUAAUUUGACAACAAAUAUUUAAGUAAUUAAUUUAAAACACCUAAAAUCACUUAUCGAUAUCGCACAUUAUGGAAAUGACGAUCCCCAUUGUAUGUCUUGGCAGUUGCUCUGCCAAUGUUUGUCCCCACACGUUUGGCUAAGAGGAUGUUUUUCCAAUUGAAUUCAAAACAAAAAGUUUGUAGUUCUCGCCGUAUAUAUAUAUUGCUCCUUUUCUGUCUCAGUCAAACAAAACACUUCCAAAUGCUUGCUUCACUAGUGAACCGUACUCCCUUAUCCAUGGUCUCUCUGGAAACUUUCCAGUCGGGUUGAUUUCAUGAGUGCAUUUAUGCACCAGCAGAAACAACUAAGCUUAGCUUCAACCAACCUCGCUCGGUCUGUUCAACGCGCCAGCGUUUACGCUCUCAGCACAAAAGGAAGCAUUAUACCUCAUGUUUAAACCGAUGGCAGUACCAAGUGUAAACGUUUCCAUCAUUAUGUCAGAAAUUUUCAUUUAAAAGGAGAUCUUUAAACGAAAGCGCGACGUACAAUUGACAACAAACAAGAGCACUUUUCUAUCCGCCAUUUUGCAUCUCCCAGAAUGCCACUGCAGUCGCAAGCUAAUUUCCAUUGUUUCUCGGUCCCGCCCUCUUCCCGCCUCCAGACCAGUUAGUCACGUGAUCAAAACACAAUACUUUCUGGGCGGCCAUAACGUGGAGGAAAUAACAGUAUUAUUUCGCUUUUCUACGUUCUUCAUCAAUAAUGGUCGAUUACAUCAAAUCGUUCGGCAGGGAGCUAUCACGACAACAUAAACAAAGAGCAGUUUUACGCACCUUCGAUGUACAAAGCUACAAAGCUUGAAUUUCUGUCUGGAAGGAAAGACCUAAAGAGACGACUGGUCAAGCUAAGCUAAGUGUUCAAGUUUAUAAGAGUGAUUGUGUUUCUGUCAAUGAUAGAUGGAUAUAAUUCGACGGUAAAUACAGAUCAGAGGUUGUGUGCUGGAGAAAAAACUUAUCAUUAGUAAUGCUCUUAAAAUCUGGGUCGGUAAUUUACAUGGACAUUUUUUUCGAUUGACCUUUAGACUUGUAUUAACUACCAGAAAAUUUAGAUUAAUGUUGUGGCGGCAAUAAUUGUUUUUUUUUCUCCCUGCAACCUACCUGUAUUGAUCUUAGUUACUUGAAAUGUCUUUCAAUGUUGGACUCUCACAAAGCAGUAGAAAAGAGACUCACUUUUUAAGUUAUAUUUUGUUCAGGGUGCAAAGAAAAUGAGCUUUACAGCUUGCCUAGCAUACACUAGCCUGAAAGCCAUUUUGACUAACCCCAAUUUUUUUUUAUGAAUGGGACUGAUUACAGUUCUUCUGUAAUCUGCAUUCCCUAAAAAACUUUACUUUCCAGCCAGGGGCCCGUUUCUCGAAAGUCCCGGUAACUUUACGGGCCCGAAAUCAAACAUUCAAAUCGAAAUAUAAAGAAUAAGAGCGCGGGUCCUGGCUAGAAAACAACUCCAUUUUGUUUCAUUAACUGACAGUUUUAUCAUGUUAGAUGCAAAACUAUUGAAACCUCUAUCUUGAAUGUAAAGGGAGACAGCUUAUCGGGCCCGUUGAUUAUCGGGACUUUUGAGAAACGGGCUCCAGGCAAGUUAAAAACGCAGUUCACUAGCCCAAUCAUAAAAUCCAGUACCCCAGGGCUAUUGCCUGGGCACUACUCUGUCUACUCUCUUUGCACAUUGUUUAAUGUAAUUUAGCUAGAACUUGAACCUUUGAAUGCCUUUUUAAACAAUAUUUUUACUCAGAAAUAUGAGACAAACCUCCCGGAUGAAAUUAAUAAAAUACCUGUACAAGUGACUGGAUAAAGUUGUGUACUAUAUGUUGUCAUUUUUGCAUAAACAAUACAGGAAUGAUUAUUCUUGUAUUGCUUACGACUAAUCAUUGCGUGUAGUAAACUGUGCAAAGUAAUUAAAUGUAUAGAUUAGAGGGCUGAAGAAGAAAUUAAUGGGUCUUAAGUCACCGUGGGAGUUUUUUUGUGGGGGGUGGGGUGGGUCUGUGGCUAAUAUUAUUGAACACGGGUUAUUACACACUUUAUGAGAAAUCAUGCAUUCUGGAAAUAGAAAACUAAAAAAGUAAUAACUACAAGACAAUUUGAACCUCGUUAAGAUUUGAAUGAUUUAGUGACUUAAGGAAACUAAAGGCGACCUAAGGCGACUUUAGGCGACUUAAGGCGAUUUUAGGCGACUUUGGGCGACUUUAGGUCCCAGAGUAGGCCUGACAGGACCUUAGCUUUCGGCGUUUCUUGGUCUUUUGAGAUCACACUGCUUAUAUGCCAGCUAAGGCCUCUUUUAGCAAACCAUUCACUUUGUUUCUCUCUGUAUUUCAUUUGAAGAAAUUUCAUCGCCCAGUCAAUAACAACAAGGACUGACUGACUGUCAAGACUUUGGAGGGCUUCUUGUUUAGCAGAUUCUUGGUUGACAGAGCGUAAGGCAUGAGAUUUCCAAAGAAAAAUGCAAUUCUUGUAAAGAUGGCUGGAGUGUUUCUUUAUACUUUCUUCCAUCUCGUCUAACGUUGCCUUCAAUUGUUCGCAUUGUUCACACACCGUAUUGUGUGAGUGUGAGCACUGAUGGUUGAAGCAUGGAUCAACUGAAUCGCUUAACGCAAAUUUUCUGCAGUGGUCUGCGCACUCACUCUCCUCUGCUGAACAGUUCACUUUAAACUCUGUCUUCAGGUAUCUUUUCCCAUCGUUCAAUUUCUUUGCCAGUUCUGUAACUCUUCUUUUGUCGGCACCAGCCUGAUUCAGCUCUUCUAGAAUACUCAACAGCCGCUCAAAAGAUGUGACCCCUUCUGCUGCAAUGUUGUCCAGACCACUGAGAGACUUCUGCUGUGAAGCCUCUCUCACUUCAAGAAUGCGACAAAGGGUUGAGCGGCUAGCCGGUUCAAAUGAUUCUUCUUCGCAAUGUUGAAGGUACUGCAUAAUCAUGGUUGAUCUAGUCACGGUCCGGAUUACGUUGGGCAUUGUUAUUUUGCCUCCCCCCGGCUAAGGUCAGUGUUCGCGUUCCAAAGGCGACGUCUUGGUAGAAAUAAGGACGGUCUACAAAAUCUAUAAAGUGGUCGACUUUGUUUGUGUCCAGACGUACUCGAUGGCUGAAUACUUUCGGGACAUUUGACCCAGGCCCUCGUCUCAUUGCAUGCGAUCUCGCCCUUUUUAUUUGUCUCAAACUUAUCUUUUCAUAAGGCUCGUGGAAUUUCUGUAACAGCUUCAUGGUAUACCGAUAAGCGUAGAUGCUGAGUAUUUGAAUCUUAACAUUUUUUGUCAUGGCAUCUCGAUAUGCGGACAUCAAGGCAAUAAGAUCCUCUGUUGGUUCAUCAAGAUCGUUCGCGGUAGGCUGGUGUAUCGCUUGAAAAAGUUUUUCGCCGUCUUUCAGAGCUAUAACACUGCAGAUUACUUCACAUGCUUUCGUUGCUUUCUCUAUGCAAGUUUUUCUUUCAUCCGGUAUUGCUUCCUCCCAUGUCGUGGACAGUUGGAAUGUUAGUAGCGUGAGGUCUUCCCUUUUUGAAUGUCUAGCUAUUUUCGCCAUUCCCUCGUUAAAAGCAGCAACGACGUCAUCGGAUACUUCAGGAAUUUCGUCUGUAUGUACGUCUUCCUGCGAACUACCACUACCAACCCCACUCCAACAUCCAGGCGUCCAGUUAGCGCCUGCAAGCCUGUCCGUUUGUGGGGUCUCAGGCGCGAAAGUUUCUUUUAGCAGCCUGAUAGAAUAAAAGGCGUCUUUAAAAUUUGUUUUGUUAACACUGCACUACAGUUCGCCAAGAGUUGGAAACAAAACAUUUUGGCACUUUUGGAAAAUGACAUCUUAAGUAAACCGACAUAUGUUAUGGACGCAAUAUUGCGUCACCCUUGAUGAAGUGCUGCCCCUAUUUAAAACGCAACCCAAGAAAACGCAACCCGAACAUGACACUCUUCCUAAAACAGUGUGGGAAACUAAUUUUUCUGCCUAGCACUGUUUUGUAGUUCGGAACGGCGAAAGUUAGCAAGCCCAUUUUUUCCGCCAAAAGUAACCAUUUUUUUUAUAAAUCUAUGAGCAUUUUUAAGUAAACGCCGCCCUCAAAAUAAUCGCAUUCCGCAAAUGAGCACCGCAGUUGAGUCGCAAAAUCGGAAUGAUAUAUGCCGCAGCGCGUAAUUUAGUAAACCCGGUGUGUACCUUUGGUCCUGAAAGGGCCAAAUGCGGAUCUUUCAGAAAACAGUGUUUAGAUAUCCCAAGACCUUUAAGGGGUUUGUUCAGAGGUCAAUUUUUUACAUCAUCAACACGGAGAAUGCAGGCGUCUACAAGGAGAGGUAGAUAGCCGCUAACAACGAUCGUUUACCUGUUUCUUAAGCCGUAAGCUGGAGCACUGUGAUGCGGAUCGCAUUCUUCUUCCUUAUCAGGAUCUAACUUAAGCCAUUUCCUACUUUUGUCCAUCACUUCCUUAUGUUUCCUUCUACACUUCCCACAUAUUGCUGAAUAGAAAAGAUUGAGUGAACUACUGAGUUCAUCAUGAUCUUGCAAUUUUUAUGACAACAGUAACAAUUACAGUACUUCGUCAUCAUCAUCGUCGUCGUCAUUAUCAUUAUCAUCAAAAUUUUUUCCCUUUUCUCUUUGUCUUCUCAAAGAAGACAAACACUCAUCUUGAUUAAGAAUUAAGAAAUUAAAUUACCGUAAAAUUCCGAAAAUAAGCCCCUCCGUGUAUAAUUAAGCCCCGCCAAAUACCGGUAUAAGGCACACGGGGCUUGUACUUGGAAAAUUGCCCUUAAAUACAAAGUAAAACAAAGCAAAAACGGUAAAUGUACUUCUAUGGCUAGCCCAAUCGAUUGUGACACCCAAAUUUUCCUCCGCAUAUAAGCCCCUCAAAAACGGUCUUUGAAAAAUAUAAGCCCCGGGGCUUAUUUUCGGAAUUUUACGGUAUUGCUGGUUUGCACGUGACGUCACGGCGGCCAUGUUGGUGGUCAAGAACAAAAGCAUUUCUCUCCUCUGAGAACUAAAAUCUAUUUUCAUGUAAAUUCUUCGAGGAAAUAUUCUUUUGUUUUGACCCCCAACAUGGCCGCCUUGUCACGUGGUAUUUUUAAUUCUUACGUGAUCCUAUUCCCACGGUGACUUUAAAAACCGACUGUAUGUUCUUCGCAGUCUCCAAACCAAUUACAUGCCUUUCGUUACAAUGUUUUUUUCUUGGUCCACUAUGCGAUGGAUACUGGCAAGAACGAGGUGGCCGCCAAAAUUUUCCGAGUUUAUGCCCAUGUUGUGGGCAAAUUACCAUCUGUUGUACUUGAUCUUUCGUAAGGUCAAAAUGACCGGCCCUUGACAGUAUUAGUUCCGCUUCACUGAGUCCAGACUUUGAUAGAUGAAAGUUUUCAAGCUGAGUUGUAAUUGUGUGCUGACAUUCAUCUACUUUAACCAUUUGGGACAAAUUGCGCGAACUUCCACGCGCUAUUUUCUUAAUUUGCCUAAAGCUGCACGAUUCGAAAUUCAUGUUGAAGUUGUGGUAUCAGCGCUGUAGUAUUUGCGCGUGCCAACUUCGCUGCCAACUGGUUGUGUAAGUGGAGGCGUUGGAUCCCGGACUGUGGACCAAGGAGCGUGUGGAAUAUAGCUGACCACUCUCAAUAGAAGAAACAGACAGUGACAGGACGAAACCAUCUUAUUGAAAUUUCAUUAGGAAAGGUCUUUAAAUUAGAUAAAAAUGUGUGCUCCUGUUAAGUGAUAAUUAAAUAAAGCAAAACUAUUUAUUCGCGGUCCGCAUUCCAGUUCUUGUAAUUCUUGUCCAAAAGUUUCUGACCUGUUCGCGCAUAUUUAAUAACGCAUAUUUAAUAACAUCUAACGUUCAUUUUUAAAAUGUGAUGGAGAUAAAGUCGUAUCAAAUACUGGGUAAUGCAGCUGCUUCACACUGGACCACAUUGUAAAGUAAAAGAGGUUUGGUUCUGAAAAGAAAUUUGAAAUCUGCAUCUUGACAACUUAAAGAACACUGCACUUUAACACAAAUGUUGGGAUAACCACAGGCGGCCCAAACUCACGUUGCGAGGGAAGGGUGUAAUGUAAUUUACAUAACAUAUGUGACGCGCUGGUGGCGCGUUACAGGCGACCGUUGAAAAUAUAAUUAUAAGAGACUUUGUAUGGGAAAUAUGUUACUGAGAUCUGCGAACGCUAAAUAACGCUAAACCUUACUUUUUCUUAAAUGAAAUGAAUAAAAAAGUCUUACCUGCAAUCUAUUCCGCUGCGGUUUGGUGUCUGUUUGUCGUUUUACUGUUUACCACUGUUACUCCUUUCAUAGAACGAAGUUCGUUCUAUGAAAGGAGUAACAGUGGUUACGCAAUAAAGCCAAAAAAAAACAGUAAAACGACAAACAGACACCAAACCGCAGCGGAAUAGAUUGCAGGUAAGACUUUUUUAUUUAUUUCAUUUAAGAAAAAGUAAGGUUUAGCGUUAUUUGGCGUUCGCAGAUCUUAGUAAUAUAUUUCCCAUACAAUGUCUCUUAUAUUUUCAACGGUCGCCUGUAACGCGACACUGGCACGUCAGAUAUGUUAUGUAAGUUACAUUUCACCUUCCCUCGCAACGUGAGUUUGGGCCGCCUGUGGGAUAACUGGGUAUUUUAUCAAGCUUAAAACUGCAUCUUACGCACACCUGCGGAAUUUUGGAACAACAGGUAUCAUUGAAGAAGGAAGAAGAGAGAGAUAAAUUAGUUUUUGGUUGGAAAAUAGAAGACGUGGCAAAUAUUUGGAUAACUGGACGAGAAAUGUUUCUGUCAAAGCAGCCUGUGUCACGCAAUGAAAAUUCAGCAUCAAUAUGCAAAUUUGAAUCGAAAACUUUAAUUCUGAACCGCGUUGUGCCACAGGUUUUAUUGCAUAAAUUGAUAGAAUACCUCUUUAUCUUCAACUAAAACAUGUUUUUAAGUCUAGGUUAGGUGCCACUUUUAAGAAUUUUGUGAAAUUUCUGAGGCAUAUUUUGGUGCAGUUUGCUUACUUAAUUGAAUUACUAGAAUGAAGAUAACCUGUUUUUGCUGAUUACAGAGAAAUACGGCUAAAUCGUAUUGGAACAGUAAGAAGAAGCAAUAUACUUCCAAAUGAGUGCAAAUGGUCUAGGGUUUAACGGCCCGCAGUAGCUGUUAACGAUCCUUGAAAAACCUGGAUAACAGCGUCUAAAAUUUGCAUAUUUUAGCCGGUAACGGUCGUUCAGAGAUGAAAUGCUGAUGAUAAUGGCAGUAAAAUCAGGCCCGUAGCAGGGGGAGGGGCAGGGGGGGGCUCAAGCCCCCCAAGAAAUUUUCAGACUUGAAUUAAAUUCUGCUACAAAAGUGGAAUUUUUCCACUAAAAUGGACAGCUGUCAAUGGAAGCUAAAAUUUCAAAUUAUUGUCGAUCAUAGUAAGAUUAUGUACUGUUGUUCUUCUGUGCAAUCUAGAAUUGUGUAAAUGAACGAAAUCGUAUUUUUGCUCUGCCAAAAACAACCAACAGCUUUAAAAUAUCUUUCAAGUGUAAAGAACAACGCUUGCUUUUACCACAGACAGCAGAGUCAGUGGGGUUUGACACUUCAGAAUUUGACGUCAAUGAUUUGGUAACCUUCUUGCAGUCCCUUGAUAGCUCCCGCAGAAAACUAUUAAGCGAAAUUUCUACUCUGGGAAAGCUGUUACUCGUCAUGCUUGCAACCAACGCCGUUAGUGAAAGAUCGUUUUCAGCUUUAAAGCGGGUGAAGACGUAUUUGCGCUCAACAACGGGAGACUCUAGACUGAACCACCUCAUGAUGUGGCAUGUUCACAAGGACAGAACAGACGCUCUGACCUUGUAAACGUAGCUAAUGACUUCGUUGGGGAGAAAGAAAACCGAAAGCACUUGUUUGGCAAAUUUUCCGCGAAUGAUAUCCCAAACAAGUUCUCAGUUUCCUCAAAGUCAACACAAACGGAAAAUUAGAGACAAGAACAAAAGGUACUGUAGACAAAUGUAGUGAACUGACACGUACUAAGAAGUAUGCUUUAACCGAGGGACCGAAGCGGGGGGGGGGGAGUUAAUGUGGGCCACUCGCUCAGCCCCCCCAGUCAUUUUAUGCUUGCUACGGGCCUGAAAAUAAACUAUUUCCUCAUUCUAACUGGAGGGUCGUGAAGAGGGGUACCAAUUCCCAGUUCCCAGCCUAAAUUUGGCCCAAAUCCCAGUUCCCAGGCUAAUUUUUGCCAGAAUCCCAGUUACCAGUUUACAGUUUAAAUCCAACAAAACUUUAGAGUUUUCGGUGUGUAUAACGGCGUUAUUUGCAUUGACGUACUUGAUUUCUAGUACCAUUUUGCGAGAAACCUUCUCCGAAGCCAUUUUUAUCUUCCCUUCACAAUAUCUUCCCGCCAUAUCCAAACUUGCAGAACUUGUCCGCUGACCAGGAAAACUGACAGAACGUAACUAUGCAACCGUGUAAGCCUGGUAGCUAGACCGCGGGCGCGAAGGCGAAAAAAUACUGAUUUCAUGGUCUCUACUGAGGAGUGCAAGGUCUAUUGCUACGAAAUUUUAUUUUUCUAUUUCAAAAUAUUGGAGCAAAGACCACUGAAGAAAAGAAAUCCCAUUCCCAUUUUAUAAUUGUUCAUCCCAUUCCCAGUGGCUAGAUCCCAGUCCCAGUGAGUAAAUCCCAUUUUCCCAAUCCAAAAUAAGGCUAAUCCCAGUUCCCAUUUUACCCCUUCACGACCCUCUAACUGCAUUUUCGUUAUAAGGAUGGAUAGUGGUAUUGAUGAUAUAAAUAUGAGGCAAAAGUGUUUUCGAGUCUGAAAUCAAGUGGAACGCUUUUAGGGACAUUGCCUCUUAAGUGUUGACAGGCCAAAGAUGACUAACAGCUCGUGACAAGAGAGAUUGAGCUCGUGAUAGUGUGAAACGUGACCUUAGAAUCAGCUUGAACAACAGAGGUUUUUCUUGCUAUCUUUUUGCAUAGUUUAUGCAGCGCAUGGAGUAUUAUACACCUGGACUGAGUAAAAUUUUUUUUUGGCCACUUUGAGUCUCACAUUUAGAGGUUAUGAAGCUGGUCUGUUCCAUGUAUAAUGAGUAAUUAGUUCCUGUGGUUAAGGUUUCUACAGAUGUUUUCUGACAGGAUUUGAUCACAUGCAGUUUACCAUUAAAUCAGCUGUUAAAUGAUUUUCUUUUGUCUCUGUUUUAAGCCUUAAGCUUUUUUAUUGCGGCUAAAUAACCUUAGGUUCUUUGCUUUUCUCCGAAAUGCCUGGACUUGAAUAGUUACAUGUGUGUAGCUUUCAUUGGCCUUGGGCAUGUUUUCCUGAUUUGUUCUGACGCUAGAGUGUCGGCUAGAUUGCACAAUAAGCGGCAGUACAUCUGCAGCGAUUCGAAGACGCUGGAAAACCAGUCGGCAAAUUUACAAGCAAAUUCUGGCCUUGGCGGAAUUCUCUCAAAGCAUUUUUUUUUCUUUGGAAGAAGGCUUUAAAGUUCGAACUGCUCUUUCAUUGUUUAUUGUAAACGAUCCUUGCCAACUCCCUUCUGUGAAUUUUGACAUGUCACUGCGCCCAUCCGUCGCGCACACGUAAGAAUUAGGCCAAUCGUGAGGGGCAUAAGAAACCCGCCUAUCAGAAAUGCUCACUAAGUCCUUGCGACUCUGCAGGAUAUUAGAACGAGUCUUUGUGCACUAAUUCGCAUACGGACUAUACAAAUGGCUUAGACGAGUGCGUGGGCCGGCUGCGACGCAGGCUAGAAAGAGGCCAGUGCUCGAAUUACCCCAAUUAGAAGUAGCGAUGCUGUUUUAAACUCUUUGGCUGUGAUAAAUACGUAGGUAGGAAGAAUCUUGUAAUGAAUAUAUCAUUUAAAAAACAAGUUGACGCAACCCUCUAUUUCUCUUCUAAGGCCCCAGUAACGGCUCUUAGGAAAAGGAAACCAAUCUUACACUUGUCUUAAAAGCAUUCAUGGAGAGAAGUCCAGAGGGAGAUGAUGUCACAGCUACUGAUGCAGGAACACUCCAGUUUGAUGCUGACACUUUACGAGGUGAAGAGAAAAAUGAAAAAGGCUUUUUUCAUUUCAUAGUAUGGUUUCAACAGUUGAAAAAUUGCAUUCGGUUAAAAAGAAGACCUUACCCAUUCACAAGUACAUUUUUUGUCAUGUGUGGUCCCUGAUAAAAAAACCCGGCUUGGAGUAGACCAAACAAGAGCAAAUGAUGAUCACAUCGGUUUUAGCAAAAACGCCUUGUAAAAUCACUGAAAUAAUCUUAGUUUUCUGCAUUAGCAAUUGCAGAGGUUUACAAGAAUGUGGGUAACGAUGAGUACAACAACAAGAAUUACAGCAGUGCCAUAAACUUCUACACAGAGGGCAUUAAAGUGAACUGCAAGGAUAAAGAACUGAUUGCCCAACUAUAUAGCAACAGGGCGGCGGCGCAUUUUAAUUUGGGUAAGAAGUUGCAAUUGUAGUUAGUUAUGGUAUGUUAUAUUUACCUUUAACUCGUUCAAGAUC